GCUUCCUCGAAAGCAGAUGUGCAACAGCUGAUUGCAGUGCUACCAGACUUUCAUAAAUGCUAAUAACAACGUCUAAUCCAAACAAAGGUGCCCCCAAGAGUAUAAUAAACGAAUUUUUGCACGAAUUUUGCAGCCGAAUCCAUUACAAAGAAUCACAACACAGGCCCAUAAUGGAGGAAUCCACAGAAGCCACUUUUGCACGCAAGGAAGCCGAAGAAAAAGACACCAUCCCCAGCGUAGAUGAGGCCGUUGCGUAUUUGCAAAUAAGAGUUUUCGGCAUGCACAUGAAUGACCCAUAUCGCUCGCACUGUGCUGCUAUCCUACGUGAAUACCUGGCUGAAAGGAAACGUGUGGGUGUUAUGGACGAAUGGGCUAUUGUCAAAGAUGCACUACAAAAGCACUACGCCACAAUCGACAAAGUCGUUAAAUGGGACAUGCAGGCCGUUAAGCGAUACAACGACAGCAUUAACUUUGUCCAGCGCAAGACUGUACGCCUCGGCAACUGGACUGUCACCAUUCCGUUUACAACCAUGGAGCUCAACAAGUUAAAACAUACCGAAAACCGAUCGACCCUGUCAUCUAUAUUCAUAGCUAUUUUAAAAUUGAUCAUUUUGGGAUUGUUCGCCGACUGUUCUCCGACUAUUUGGCCCAUUAUUCUAUUUGUUUUUUUAAUACGCUAAGUCCAGCAAUAAAACCACUGCAUCAUACGCCUACUGAGACCGCUUAGAGCAGCUGGACUAGUGUGAUGCGGGACUCUAUGAAGAUAUGAAGAGUAUGUCAAAGCACCAACAAACGGAACAAAUUUUACAUUUUAUAAGUCCUUGCCCAAUUGCUUGGACCACAAUAAAAAAAUGGUCAUUUUCUUAAACGUA